AUGGCGUGUCAGAUGCUCCAAGAGGAAACCGAGGUGACACAGGUGAUGGUGGCACGGGGCCGGGGCAGCUCGGAGACUGUCGUGCUCCUGCCACCCCAGCCUCCAGAGAAGGGAGGCGCACACAGGAAUCUCAGCCUGAAAAACGGUUUUCAGGGUGGAGAGCUGAGGGGACUUGUCGGGGAGAAAGCCUUAAAAACCUGCUGUGCGGGGUGGCAGGAGGAGGUUGCGGUGUUGGGAGUGUCAGGAAGUAGUGAAGGACGCGAGAUGGAGGUAGAGGAGAAGCCAGUAGAUGCAGAAAGGGAAGUGGCAGAGGAACAGAAGGUAGAGGAGGAGGCGGCGGCGGCGGAGCCGGGGCCUAGGCGCCUGAAUGCGGACCCCGGCAUGGACCCCCUGGAAGCCAUCCAGCGGGACGACGCAGUGAACGCUCAGGCCGACAGGGCCUUCCUCCAACUGGAGCGCAGAUUUGGGCGAAUGCGUCGACAUUACCUGGAGUGGAGGAACUACCUCAUUCAGAAUAUUCCCGGCUUCUGGUUCACCGCCUUGCAGAACCACCCUCAGCUGUCCGCCAUGAUUAGGGGCCAAGAUGCAGAGAUGUUAAGAUACAUAACCAAUUUGGAGGUGAAGGAGCUCAGACACCCUAGGACGGGCUGCAAGUUCAAGUUCUUCUUUCAGAGAAACCCCUACUUCAGCAACAGGCUGAUUAUAAAGGAAUACGAAGUCAGAUCCUUGGGCCGAGUGGUAUCGCUUUCCACUCCGAUCAUAUGGCGCCGGGGUCAGGAACCCCCGUCCUUCCUUCACAGGAACCAAGAAGUCAUCUGCAGCUUCUUCACCUGGCUUUCAGACCACAGCCUUCCAGAGAUUGACAGGAUUGCUGAGAUUAUCAAAGAGGAGCUGUGGCCGAAUCCACUGCAAUACUACUUGAUGCAAGAAGGGGCCCAAAGAGCCAGGCGUGUCCCGGUAAGGGAGCCACUGGAGAUCCCAAGACCCUUUGGGUUCCAGUCUGGUUAA